UUCCUUACAAUUCUGACACUUCUGAUUCUUGAACUUUAACUUUAUUCAUUGGUUGAAACGAUUGAGAGAGGAAAAGGCCUAGAUUUCUAUUAACCAUCAUGUACACUCGAUUAAAUGUAGGGUAGCUCUUGAAAUAUGCUGAGGCAUGCUUCAUUUCCUGGAUACUGAGGUUGUACAUAUUCAUCAUAACUCAUGCUUGACUGUAGAUUAAUGAAUGAACCAUUAUAAACUUGCACAUUUUGCCUCUUUUUAUAUUAUGAAGCUCUUGAAAGAAUGAAUUAUAAUCGCUUUUUCAAGAUGUUCUACUAAUAUCUGUCAAGAUGAUAGGAACUCUUUGUAUUUAUGUAGGGACCAGCUUAAGUUUAGAACUUAAGGGGUUCUCUUGCUGAAGUGAAAUCUGAUAUCGUGGUUAAGGUAAUUUGUUAUUUCUUUCUACUUUUGUUAUUUUCUCAAGAAAUGAUGUGAGUUUUUCCUCGUAUGAAGCUUGUACCCAUAUUAUUCUUCAUGCAAAUUGGUUUGAGGAAAGGUUCUUGCUCAUUUGUUGAGGCUCGUGCUGCUGGUUGCUUGGGAUACAUAUGGGACACUGUUUCUGGCAGUGAUUUGGUGCUACACUUGAUAUUCGAUGUACCUCAGGCUGAUAAUUACGAGAAAGUGUUCUCCCACAUGAUGCCAAAUAGCAUAUUUGGACUCUGCCAUGGAUUCCGUUUUGGCCAUUUGCAAUCUGUUGGCCUUGACUUCCCAAAACAAAAUCAGCAUAAUAGCUCUAAGUCCAAAGGGAAUGGGACCUCUAUGAGAAGGUUAUAUGUGCAAGGACAAUAAAUCAAUGGUGCUAGCAUCAAUUCUGUCCACUAGGUUUGUGCAUCUACGAGUUUAAA